GUUCAGGUGCUGUGACGUGGAUACAAGUGGGGGCUCGGGGCAAAACUGGUGGAGGCUGAGGAAGACGUGUUUUCAGAUCGUAGAGCACAGCUGGUUCGAAUCCUUCAUCAUCUUCAUGAUCCUGCUGAGCUCCGGAGCCCUGGCCUUUGAGGACAUCUACAUCGAGCAGAGGAAGGUGGUGAAGGUGGUGCUGGAGUACUCUGAUAAGAUCUUCACCUACAUCUUUAUUCUGGAGAUGCUCCUCAAGUGGCUCGCUUACGGCUUCAAGAAAUACUUCACCAACUACUGGUGCUGGCUGGACUUCCUCAUCGUAGACGUGUCGUUGGUCAGUAUGGUGGCCAACACUUUGGGUUACUCAGAUUUUGCCGCCAUCAAGUCCCUGCGGACGCUGCGCGCGCUGCGGCCCCUCAGAGCCCUCUCCAGAUUUGAAGGCAUGAGGGUGGUGGUGAACGCUCUGAUCGGGGCGAUCCCCUCCAUCAUGAACGUGCUGCUCGUCUGCCUCAUCUUCUGGCUCAUCUUCAGCAUCAUGGGCGUCAACCUGUUCGCCGGCAAGUUCGGACGCUGCGUCAACCGCACGGGUCACAUCUACGAGUCGGCCUUCAUCAACAACAAGUCCGAGUGCGAGGCGCUCAACGACACCUCGCUCUACUACUGGACCAAGGUCAAGGUCAACUUCGACAACGUGGGGGCGGGGUACCUGGCGCUGCUGCAAGUGGCAACCUUCAAAGGCUGGAUGGAUAUCAUGUAUGCAGCGGUGGAUUCACGAGCUGUGGAGGAGCAGCCCAUCAAAGAGAUCAAUCUGUACAUGUACCUUUACUUCGUCAUAUUCAUCAUCUUCGGCUCCUUCUUCACCCUCAACCUCUUCAUUGGAGUCAUCAUUGACAACUUCAACCAGCAGAAACGAAAGAUGAGAGGACAGGACAUCUUCAUGACGGAGGAGCAGAAGAAAUAUUAUAACGCCAUGAAGAAACUCGGCUCCAAAAAACCACAGAAACCCAUCCCCAGACCUACGAACUCUGUGCAGGGCUUCUUCUUCGACCUGGCGGGGAAGCAGGCCUUCGACAUCAUCAUCAUGGUGCUGAUCCUCUUCAACAUGAUCACCAUGAUGGUGGAGACGGACGAGCAGUCCCCGCAAAUGGAAUACAUCCUGAACAAAAUCAACCUGGCCUUCAUCAUCGUCUUCACCUUCGAGUGCUUCGUCAAGAUUGUGGCGCUGCGCUGCUACUUCUUCACCGUCGGCUGGAACAUCUUCGACUUCGUGGUCGUCAUCCUCUCCAUCGUCGGUAUCGUUCUCGCGGACAUCAUUGAGAAGUACUUUGUGUCACCAACGCUGUUCCGAGUGAUCCGGUUGGCCCGUAUCGGACGUGUUCUGCGGCUCAUCCGAGGCGCUAAGGGCAUCCGGACGUUAUUGUUCGCCCUCAUGAUGUCCCUCCCCGCGCUCUUCAACAUCGGGCUCCUCCUCUUCCUUGUUAUGUUCAUCUACGCCAUUUUUGGCAUGGCGAACUUUGCCUACGUGAAGCGCCAGUCAGGCAUCGAUGACAUGUUCAACUUCGAGACAUUUGGGAACAGCAUGAUCUGUUUGUUCCAGAUCACCACCUCCGCAGGGUGGGACAGCCUCCUGAGCCCCAUCCUCAACAACUCGCCCGAGGAGUGCAACGCCAGCAUCCCCCACACGGGCACCACCGUGAAGGGUAACUGCGGCAACCCAUCGGUGGGCAUCACCUUUUUCGUCACCUACAUCAUCAUCUCCUUCCUCAUCGUGGUGAACAUGUACAUCGCCAUCAUCCUGGAGAACUUCAGCGUGGCCACGGAGGAGAGCACGGAGCCGCUGAGCGAGGACGACUUUGAGAUGUUCUACGAAGUUUGGGAGAAGUUCGACACCGAGGCCACGCAGUUCAUCGAAUACGCCAAGUUGUCCGAUUUUGCAGACACGCUGUCAGAGCCUCUGCGCAUCAGCAAGCCUAAUAAGAUCAAACUAAUCUCUAUGGACCUUCCCAUGGUCAGCGGGGAUAAGAUCCACUGCCUGGACAUCCUCUUUGCAUUCACAAAGCGCGUCCUGGGCGAGUCAGGCGAGAUGGACGCCCUAAAGCAGCAGAUGGAGGAGAAGUUCAUGAUGGCAAACCCAUCCAAGAUCUCCUACGAGCCGAUAACAACGACUUUGAGGCGAAAACAGGAAGACGUGUCGGCCGCCGUGAUCCAAAGGUGCUAUCGGAGGCACCUGAUUCGGCGGCAGCUGAAGGCCGCCUCUUACUUGUACCGCCAGAUCACGACACCUCGGCACGCGGGGGGUGAAGCAGAAGAAGGAAGCGAGGGGGUGUUGGUGGACGACGCACCUGAGAAAGAAGGGUUGAUUGCCGCCAUGAUGAGGGAAAACUAUGGCUCGAGUUUAUUAGCAAUGGAGUGCUCUGAGACUAUUUCCGCAACCUCCUCCCCGCCAUCCUACGACAGUGUGACGCGAGCCACAUCGGAGAUAUUUCACCCACUCGCCGCCAAGACAGAAACUAUUGCCAUUGACACCCUGGACAGCGAACCAAGCGAACAAUUACCGUCGUUGGACAGACAGCAGGACACCGUGCCAUAGCGCGAAGCAAAAAGCUAAAAAAUCCUAGUUUUGGGUUCGUCCUUUGUUUACUGAAUGUACCAUUGCUGAGAAACGCUGAGGAAGGCGGCAAAAAGGGAAGCUAGGAGCUAGGAGGAGUUGCUUAAAAGAACAAAGAGGAAUAUUUACUACCUUUUAAUGUUAUUUCCUGUUCCCUGUGGAGAUUCCUGGGCUCAUUUUGGGAGUUUCUCAAAGCGAACUGCAAAGACGGAGAGGAAAACCCUGUCUGCCUUUGUUGGAGUAAAAGACACAAGAUCCCUUCUUGGAUCAUUCAACUAAAGUCCAGGGUUCGCAAAACAAUGACUGACCUUUGACCUCAGCUACAACUAUAUCAGAUGUAUCCAUCAUUUAUUGGCCUGGGGGGGUUUGUGCAUUCCCGCAGUUGAUCAAUAUUCUCAGAUUAUGCCUGGCCGUAGGAGGGGCGGUGUUCCUGGUGGUGUUUCUCGAAACUUUCUGACUGACUGA